AUGGCUUCACAAAGGGCCCGUCUCCCCCGCCUGGGGAGCCUCGGCGCCUUGACACGGCCAUCGAGGCCCCCGGGCGCCUCGAUAUGCCCCUUCUGCUCCGUCAGCUCGGCCGGCCGGAUGCGCCCACGAACUCGCCGCGAUGCCCGCUUCAAUUCGACCGUCUCGACCCCUGAAAACGUUGGAAACCCGCGCGCCGAGCUUGAGCAGCACCUUCUCGACAUGCAGAGACUCGGCCCGCUUCUCGUGAACCCUUCGCGAAUGCAAUUGGCCCUCCAGGGCUUGCGGCAAGCGCCUGGCCAGGAAGUGGUGAGGGUUGCAAUUCUUGGGCUGGGACCUGGGUCCAACGCUGGAAAGACGGCAAAGAACGUAUUAAGGCUGCUAGUGACGGACCCCUUGAAGGAUGAACAAGAAUGGGAGCGCCAAUUGAAGGAUCACGACCCCAAGAAGCCCCUCAUUGUGCGCAUCAGGCCGACCGCGGAGGAGCAAGGAAUUCUCUCCGUCAGCAAGACGAAUCUGCUCAGCGAGAUCAAUGUCUCUUCUGCCGACUGGAACAACUUCAAUCUCGAACUACUUUUCAUGGAGACAAUCAUCCCGUACCCCCAAGGAGAUGACUAUGUCGCGAGGAUCAAGAUUGUGGAGGAUGUGCUUGUUCCCACUGUUGAUAUUGCUUCAGCCGAGAAUCGGUCAACACCGGUAACCACACCAGUUCACAGAGCUCUUCUGAUUGGGGACGGUAUGAAGGGGGCGGUCAAUGCGACAAGGUUGCCGUUCCUGGAGGAGGAGGAAGCCGUUAUGAGGGCCGUGAACUUGAAGGGCAUCGACCGCACUCAGUUUGAGGCUCCCUUCGAGAUAGUUGAUCUCGCCAGCGCAGAAAAGGGCAUGACGCUCUUCCGACAGAGCACAAAAAAUGCUAUGGAAUAUGAGCGAUUAUGGACAAGCAGCAAUUUCCCCGCCCUGGCCACUUGGCUCAAGUCGGGCGUCACUUCUUCAGAGGAAACCACAAAACCCGCAGUCCGACGGCUCAUCACCUCGAUUCUAGAGAGUGUCUGGGCGAGAUGCAAGGAGGAAAACCACAAUCAGAUCAAGGACAUUCACAUCAAGGCCCACGCGAAGAAGACGCUGGCCCUCUCACCCAACCUGAACAAGGGGCUUUCAGCAUGGGCACAAAAGGCACAUACAGAACUGCAGGACGAGCUUGAUCUCGCAUUUACGGGCCAGCGAUGGCGAAAGCUGGGAUGGUGGCAGCUCUUCUGGCGGGUUGACGAUGUGGCCAUGCUCACAAACGAGAUGCUGAGCCAGCGGUUCCUACCGACAGCAGAGCAGGAACUUGUCUACCUGACUGGUCAGAUUGCAGAGGCUGCAAAGAGCACACAGCAAUACCCUCAGCCGCCCUCAGUUCAGGAUGCGCCCAGCCCAGAGCCUCAGCUGAAGCGCCUCGGUUCUGGGGAGCUUGAGCCUUUGGUUCCGGUGACAACACCUCGCCCAGCCCUCCCUAAAUGGCCCGGUCAUAUUGCCUUUACCCGCAAGUAUCUCCAAAACGAGACCAUCCCAGCGCUUCAGGCCCUGGCACAGAAGCUCGUCAUGCAGUCCCUGGGUACAUCAGGACUCACCACUUCACUCGCCGCUCUCCUCUAUGUCUCUUCCUUUUCUUCAACCAUCUACGAAGCAGGUGCUGUCGCAGCGUUGGGUUUCAUGUGGAGUAUGAGUCGGCUGCAGAAGAAGUGGGAUGCGGCGCGAACAUUCUGGGAGGGUGAGGUCCGUGAGGAGGGCCGUAAGGCUGUACGAGCUGCUGAAGAGAGUGUUGCCGACGUGCUUAACGGGGAGGAAAAACACACGCGGACAGAUGACGAUGAGGCGACCAAGGUGCUGAAUGAGGUUCGGCAUCUUGUAACAAAGGCAUCGGAUGCCCUUGACCGCAUGAAGUAG